AAGUAAUUCUGAUCAGAAAGGGCCAAGGUUUCAGCUCCAAGUACCUGACAUUUCCAUCUGAAUCUACUUUUUUUUUUUAAAGGGGGCAUGGUGAGGGUGGGGGAAAGAAAAAGGUCUAGUUUUUCAGGAAAAGAACCUCUCUACGCAAUCCUGAAACUGAUCUUCAGAUUUACUUUUCCUUAAUCAAUAGAGGCAAAAAACUUGAUUGCAACUCAACACUUGUCUGACUCCUAGCACAAGACUAACUGAAUUUUUCGUUUUAAGAGUCAGGGAUUCAGACAUCAUUUCAGGAAUCAGAAAUAAUUGGCAACAAGUGGGGGAGAACUGACAUGAAUUCUUGUCUAAGCUAAUUUUUUUUUUUUUCGGGUUUACCAAGAUCUGACUUAAUAUUUUUGAGUCAUCCCUCCAGUCUCUACAGAACAGGAUGAAUUAUUCAUCAUUACUUAGAAUUUGGGUCUCUUUCAUCUUCGCACUUGUACGGCACCAAGCCCAGCCCAGGGAGCUCAUGUACCCAUUUUGGCAGAAUGACACCAAGACCCCUAAAGUAGAUGACGGAAGCUCGUCUGAGAUCAAGUUGGCCAUCCCUGUCUUCUUCUUUGGCGUCCCUUACCGCACCGUCUACGUCAAUAACAAUGGCGUGGUCUCCUUCAAUGUGCUGGUGAGCCAGUUCACGCCUGAAUCCUUCCCCCUGACGGACGGACGGGCCUUCAUCGCUCCAUUCUGGGCAGAUGUACACAAUGGAAUUCGAGGUGAAAUCUAUUACAGAGAGACCAUGGACCUCGUCAUCUUGAAAAGAGCCACCAAGGACAUCAGGAAGUACUUCAAAGACAUGGCAACCUUCUCUGCCACUUGGGUUUUCAUUGUGACGUGGGAGGAAGUCACGUUUUAUGGAGGGAGCAGCACCACGCCUGUGAACACCUUUCAGGCUGUCCUGGUGUCUGACGGCUCCUAUACAUUCACGCUCUUCAAUUAUUACGAAAUCAGCUGGACCACUGGGACAGCGAGUGGUGGUGAUCCCCUAACUGGCCUGGGGGGCGUGAUGGCACAGGCAGGAUUCAAUGGUGGCAACCUCACUAAUUUCUUCAGCCUCCCGGGGUCAAGAACCCCUGAUAUUGUGAAUAUCCAGGAGACCACAAACGUCAAUGUUCCGGGCCGCUGGGCAUUCAAAGUUGACGGAAAGGAAAUUGACCCAGCCAACGGCUGUACCUCCAGAGGACAGUUCCUGCGGCGAGGGGAGGUGUUUUGGGAUGACCUGAACUGCACCAUCAAGUGCCGCUGCCUGGACUUCAACAAUGAGAUCUACUGCCAGGGGGCCUCCUGCAGCCCCUACGAGGUGUGCGAAGCCAAAGGCAAGUUCUUCUCCUGCAGCCCCGUGGAAACCAGUACGUGCGUAGUGUUCGGGGAGCCACACUACCACACCUUCGACGGCUUCCUCUUCCACUUCCAAGGCUCCUGUGCCUACCUGCUGGCCCGGCAGUGUCUGCAGACGUCCAGCCUCCCCUUCUUCAGUGUGGAAGCCAAGAACGAGCACCGCGGGGGCUCGGCCGUCUCCUGGGUGAAGGAGCUCUCCGUGGAAGUGAACGGCUACAAGAUCCUCAUUCCCAAGGGCAGCUACGGCAAAGUCAAGGUUAAUGACCUAGUGACCUCCUUGCCCGUCACCUUAGAGCUGGGGGCAGUGAAAAUCUACCAGAGCGGCAUGUCGACUGCUGUGGAGACGGACUUCGGGCUCCUGGUGACGUUCGACGGGCAGCACUACGCCUCCAUCUCCGUGCCCGGCUCCUACAUCAACUCCACCUGCGGGCUGUGCGGGAACUACAACAAGAACCCGCUGGACGACUUCCUGCGGCCCGACGGGCGACCAGCCAUGUCGGUGCUGGACCUGGGGGAGAGCUGGCGGGUGUACCACGCCGACUGGAAGUGCGGCCCGGGCUGUGUGGACAACUGCACCCAGUGUGACGCGGCCACAGAGGCCCUGUACUCUGGCGCCGACUACUGCGGUUUCCUCAACAAGACGGACGGGCCACUGUGGGAGUGCGGCACCGUGGUGGACCCCACGGCCUUUGUGUACAGCUGUGUGUACGACCUGUGCAGCGUGCGGGACAACGGCACCCUCCUGUGCCAAGCCAUCCAGGCCUACGCCCUGGUGUGCCAGGCCCUGGGCAUCCCCAUCGGAGACUGGCGCAUGCAGACGGGGUGUGGGUCCACAGUGCAGUGCCCGAGCUUCAGCCACUACUCUGUGUGCACCAGCAGCUGCCCGGACACCUGCUCGGACCUCACGGCCUCCCAGAACUGCGCCACGCCCUGCACAGAGGGCUGCGAGUGCAACGAGGGCUUCGUCCUCAGCACCAGCCAGUGCGUGCCCCUGCACAAGUGCGGCUGCGACUUCGACGGCCACUACUACGCCAUGGGGGAGUUCUUCUGGGCCACGGCCAACUGCACGGUGCAGUGCCUGUGUGAGGAGGGUGGCGACGUGUACUGCUUCAACAAGACGUGCCACAGCGGGGAGGUGUGCGCCGUGGAGGACGGCUACCAGGGCUGCUUCCCCAAGCGCGAGACCGCGUGCCUGCUCAGUCAGAGCCAGGUGCUGCACACCUUUGACGGCGCCGCCUACGCCUUCCCCGACGACUUCUCCUACACCCUCCUCAAGACCUGCCCCGAGCGCCCCGACUACCUGGAGAUCGACAUCAACAAGAAGAAGCCCGAUGCCGGGCCCGGCUGGCUCCGGGGCCUUCGGAUCCUGGUGGUGGACCAGGAAGUCAAGAUUGGAGGUGUCGGGGCCUCGGAGAUCAAGUUGAAUGGCCAGGAAGUGGAGCUACCUUUCUUUCACCCCUCCGGGAGGCUGGAAAUCUAUCGGAACAAAAACAGCACGACGGUGGAGUCCAGGGGCCUGGUGGCCGUGCAGUACUCAGACUCGGGACUGCUGUACAUCCGGCUGUCCACCGCCUACUUCAACUGCACGGGGGGCCUGUGCGGCUUCUUCAAUGCCAACGCCAGCGACGAAUUCUGCCUGCCCAAUGGCAAGUGCACGGACAACCUGGCGGUGUUCCUGGAGAGCUGGACCACCUUCGAGGAGAUCUGCAACGGGGAGUGUGGGGACCUGCUCAAGGCCUGCAACAAUGACUCCGAGCUGCUCAAGUUCUACCGCAGCCGCUCCCGCUGCGGCAUCAUCAACGACCCCUCCAACAGCUCCUUCCUGGAAUGCCACGGCGUGGUCAACGUCACAGCCUACUACCGCACCUGCCUCUUCCGCCUGUGCCAGAGCGGGGGCAACGAGUCGGAGCUCUGCGACGCCGUGGCCCGCUACGCCAGCGCCUGCAAGAACGCCGACGUGGAGGUGGGCCCCUGGCGGACCUACGACUUCUGCCCCCUGGAGUGCCCAGAGAACAGCCAUUUUGAGGAGUGCGUGACGUGUACGGAGACCUGUGAGACCCUGGCCCUGGGCCCCAUCUGCGUGGACAGCUGCUCGGAGGGCUGUCAGUGUGACGAGGGCUACGCCUUGCAGGGCAGCCGGUGCGUCAGCCGGAGCGAGUGCGGCUGCAACUUCGAGGGCCACCUGCUGGCCACCAAUGAGACCUUCUGGGUGGAUCUGGACUGCCAGAUCUUCUGCUUCUGCAACGGCACGGACAACAGCGUGCACUGCGAGACUCUGCCCUGCAGGGAGGACGAGUACUGCCUGGAGGAGGGCGGCCUGUACCACUGCCAACCCCGCACUGACGCUUCCUGCAUCGUCUCGGGCUAUGGCCACUACCUGACAUUCGACGGCUUCACCUUUGACUUCCAGACCAGCUGCCCAUUCAUCCUGUGCACCACGGGGAACAGGCCCAGCUCAGCUUUCCCCAGGUUCAUCGUCACAGCCAAGAACGAGGACCGGGACCCAUCGCUCGCCCUGUGGGUGAAGCAGGUGGACGUGACCGUGUUUGGCUACAGCAUCGUGAUUCACAGGGCCUAUAAGCACACGGUGCUGGUCAAUGAUGAGCGGCUGUACCUGCCCCUGAAGCUGGGGCAAGGCAAGAUCAACAUCUUCUCCUUUGGCUUCCACGUGGUGGUGGAGACGGACUUCGGCCUGAAGGUGGUGUAUGACUGGAAGACCUUCCUGUCCGUCACCGUCCCCCGGAGCCUGCAGAACGGCACCCUGGGCCUGUGCGGCCGCUACAACGGAGACCCGGACGACGACCUGGAGCUGCCCAUGGGGCUGCCGGCGUCCAGCGUGGGCGAGUUCGUGCAGAGCUGGGUGAAGAGGGACACCUUCUGCCAGGUGGGCUGUGGGGACCGGUGCCCUGCUUGCGCCAAGGUGGACGGCUUCUCCAGGGUGCAGCAGCUCUGCGGCCUCAUCCCCAGCCAGAGCGCUGGCUUCACCAAGUGCCACAGCAAAGUCAACCCCUCCUUCUUCUACAAGAACUGCCUCUUUGACGCCUGCGUGGACGGGGGCAACGUGCAGACCGCCUGCAGCUGGCUGCAGAACUAUGCCAGCACCUGCCAGACGCAGGGCAUCGCCGUGACGGGAUGGAGGAACUACACGGCCUGCUCGGUCACCUGCCCGCCCAAUAGUCACUACGAGAGCUGCGUGAGCGUGUGCCAGCCGCGCUGCGCUGCCAUCCGCCUGAAGAGUGAAUGCAACCACUACUGCGUGGAGGGCUGCCAGUGCGACGCCGGCUACGUGCUCAACGGCAAGAGCUGCAUCCUGCCCCACAACUGCGGCUGCUACUCGGACGGCAAAUACUACGAGCCCAAGCAGCUGUUCUGGAACAGUGACUGCACGCGGCGCUGCCGCUGCUUCCGGCGUAACCUGAUCCAGUGCGACCCGCGCCAGUGCAAGUCGGGCGAGGAGUGCGCGCUGCGCGGGGGGCUGCGGGGCUGCUUCAGCACCAAGACCUCCUACUGCCUGGCGGCGGGCGGCGGGGUCUUCCGCACUUUCGAUGGCGCCUUUCUGCGCUUCCCCGCCAACUGCGCCUUCGUGCUCUCCACCAUCUGCCAGAAGCUGCCAGACGUCUCCUUCCAGCUCAUCAUCAACUUCGACAAGUGGUCUGCCCCCAACCUCACCGUCAUCUCGCCCGUCUACUUCUAUAUCAACGAGGAGCAAAUCCUUAUCAACGACCGGAACACAGUGAAGGUGAAUGGCACACAGGUGAGCAUCCCCUUCGUGACCGGGCUGGCCACCAAAAUCUACAGCAGCGAGGGUUUCCUGGUGAUCGACACCAGCCCCGACAUCCGGAUCCACUAUAAUGGCUUCAACGUCAUAAAGAUCAGCAUCAGCGAGAGGCUGCAGAACAAAGUGUGUGGCCUCUGCGGCAACUUCAAUGGGGACCUGACCGAUGACUAUGUGACCUUGAGGGGGAAGCCGGUGGUGAGCAGCGUGGUGCUGGCCCAGAGCUGGAAGACCAACGGCAUGCAGAAGAGCUGCAACGAGCUGCAGUUCUCACAGUACGCGGCCACAUGUGACAACAUGCACAUCCAGAAGCUGCAGGGCGACAGCUACUGCCUGAAGCUCACCGACAUGAAGGGCUUCUUCCAGCCCUGCUAUGGGCUCCUCGACCCCCUCCCCUUCUACGAGUCCUGCUACCUGGACGGCUGCUACAACCACAAGAAGGUCCAGCUCUGCGGCUCCCUGGCCGCCUACGGCGAGUCCUGCCGCUCCUUUGGCAUCCUCAGCACCGAGUGGAUCGAGAAGGAGAAUUGCUCAGGAGUGGUUGAAGAUCCCUGUGUGGGGGCAGACUGUCCCAACCGGACUUGUGAGCUGGACAACGGCGGAGAGCUAUGUGGCUGCAUCGAGCCACCGCCCUACGGAAACAACUCGCAUGACAUUAUCGAUGCAGAGGUGACCUGCAAGGCUGCCCAGAUGGAAGUGUCCAUUUCCAAAUGCAAACUCUUUCAGCUGGGCUUCGAGCGCGAGGGUGUUCGCAUCAAUGACCGGCGGUGCUCCGGCAUCGAGGGCGAGGACUUCAUCUCCUUUCAGAUCAACAACACCAAAGGGAACUGUGGGAACAUCGUUCAGUCUAAUGGCACUCACAUCAUGUAUAAAAACACAAUCUGGAUCGAAAGUGCCAACAACACAGGCAACAUCAUCACCAGGGACCGCACGAUCAAUGUGGAAUUUUCCUGUGCUUAUGAGCUGGAUAUCAAGAUCUCCUUAGACUCUGUGGUGAAGCCUAUGCUCAGUGUCAUUAACCUGACGGUACCCACCCAAGAAGGCAGCUUCACCACCAAGAUGGCGCUCUACAAGAAUGCCUCCUACAAGCACCCCUACCGCCAGGGCGAAGUGGUGCUGACCACCCGAGACGUGCUGUACGUGGGGGUCUUUGUGGUGGGGGCCGACUCCACGCACCUGAUCCUGACGCUGAACAAGUGCUACGCCACCCCCUCCCGGGACAGCAACGACAAGCUGCGCUACUUCAUCAUUGAAGGAGGAUGUCAGAAUAUCAAAGACAACACCAUCGGCAUCGAGGAGAACGGCGUCUCGCUCACCUGCCGCUUCCACGUCACUGUCUUCAAGUUCAUCGGGGACUAUGAUGAAGUUCACCUCCAUUGCGCUGUGUCUCUCUGCGACUCCGAGAAGUACUCCUGUAAAAUCAAUUGCCCACAAAACUCCAGGAUUGCCACAGAUUAUGCCAAAGAACCUAAAGAACAGAUCAUUUCAGUGGGACCUAUUAGGAGAAAAAGGCUGGACUGGUGUGAGGACAACGGAGGGUGUGAGCAGAUUUGCACGAGCCGGGUGGACGGGCCCCUGUGCAGCUGCGUGACGGGAGCCCUGCAGGAGGACGGCAAGAGCUGCAGAGCCUCUAGUUCUUCCAUCGAACUUCAAGUCUGGACACUGCUUCUCAUCAUGACCCAGAUCUCAUUAUGGCACUUUGUAUAUAAAUCCGGCAUGACCUCAUAAUUCACUCAAGGUUGCUAUACAAAGUACUGUAAUUUACUUGUACUCCAACUCCCGGUAGGAUAAAAGGUGUGUGCCCUUAAGUCAGAACCCAUUUGAGAGUGGCCAGCAUCUCAGUGCAAUGCCACCUGCCUCCAACAGUUGGAGGCCUGGCAGCGAGUGAAAUCCCAAACUCCUCUUUCAAAAGAUGCCACAGGGCUUCUGAUAGCCAGCUGUGAAAAAUAUAACUUGCCUCAAGUUUCCAGUCUUGAAACACACACACAGUAAAGGAAAAACUUCUGAUUAGAGAAAUCUGUCAAGCCAGUACUUUCUGGAUCAUAGCUUUUACAGAGAGAGGGCCUGUUGGAAUUACACUGAGAAGUAAUGGCUGGAAGGUCUGACUCCCUUCAGGACUCUUCCCGGUGUUUGGAAGUGUCUGAUCUAUGAGGCGCCUGUGUCGCUCCCUUCUGUUUAUGGUAAGCUCCUUCCCCGACCCUCUGUGUCUUUCAACCUUACCCUGGCAACUUGGCCGCUGGAUACAUUGUUUGCAAAUGUAGGGAACCCCACAUCCCUACCCCACCCCCCUCAGAUCCAAGCCCUUCUCUUUUAUAAAUUAACCAAUAACUUUUAACAUGUUUUAUGCUUAAAUAAACUUUGUGUUCAAGUAUUCUCAUUA